AUGCAGAAGACAUCGGACAUCGUUACCGUCUUUGGUUUUGGUGCAACUUGGCCUGUUCUGGAUAAUCACCAUCUCUUGGGUAUGUGCUACGUUCACAUGCGUCAGGCAUCGUCGUUUGCGCGCAUCAAACGCGGAGAGAUGGAGCCUUUGGCGCAGUUUCAGCUUUAUAAGUGGGGAACGAUUGCACAGUGUUUCAGUCUUGUUCUUCUGACGCCGAUAACAGGUCUCGUGUUCCUCAUCAGCAUAGUAUGGUUUCUGGACAGCCUAUGCGAAGAGAAUGUGAUGGGCUUACGAAAAUUGGAACUAUUACUUGGCGCUCAGGACUGGAAAGAUGCGUCCGAAAACGUUCAGAUUGUGCACGUAAGGGCAGUUAUCAUUAAGCAGGGCGGUUUCUCUGGCAUGGCCGCAAAUGACCUGUCUCUCAUUGAAAUCCGAGAGCGGGUAGUUCUCACUAAGUCGGUUAAACCAGCGCAGAUACCUGGACCGGAAGACUUGCAAGUGCUUUCUCCGGGUGUUCGCUUCAAAGUAUUUGGAGUAGAAAAUCAGACAAGUAGCCGUCCUGUAAGAAGCGUAGAAGUAGUAGUAAAGGAAUUUUGUACAUUGCAAAAGUUCGAACUAGAGAUCGGCAGGGAUAAAAUUUGUGCUGUAGAGCUGUCAAGGUUACAGCAAGUAACCCAGGUAAGAUCAGCUGGACAGAGUGUUCAUGAUUUUCGUUAGGA